GUGAGUAAGCCCACGGCACAGCUAAGUGCAGCCGCCCGCCUCUGUCACUGGGAGACAGUCCACUUAAAUGCAGCUCCAGGGUUGCGAGGCACCCACCAGCAUCAUUCCCCGUGCGAGGUGGCAAAUGCAACAUGCUCUCCAGCUUGGGGUGCCUACUUCUCUGUGGAAGUAUUACACUAGUCCUGGGAAAUGCACAGAAAUUGCCAAAAGGUAAAAGGCCCAGCCUGAAAGUCCACAUCAAUACCACGAGUGACUCCAUCUUCCUGAAGUUCCUGCGUCCAAGUCCCAAUGUAAAGCUUGAAGGUCUUCUCCUGGGAUACGGCAGCAAUGUAUCACCAAACCAGUACUUCCCUCUUCCCGCUGAAGGAAAAUUCACAGAGGCCGUAGUUGAUGCAGAGCCGAAAUAUCUGAUAGUUGUGCGACCUGCUCCCCCUCCAAGUCAAAAGAAGUCAUGUUCAGGUAAAGCUCGUUCUCGCAAACCUCUCCAGCUGGUGGUUGGCACUCUGACACCAAGCUCGGUCUUCCUGUCCUGGGGUUUCCUCAUCAACCCACACCAUGACUGGACAUUGCCAAGUCACUGUCCCAAUGACAGAUUUUACACAAUUCGCUAUCGAGAAAAGGAUAAAGAAAAGAAGUGGAUUUUUCAAAUCUGUCCAGCCACUGAAACAAUCGUGGAAAAUCUAAAGCCCAACACAGUUUAUGAAUUUGGAGUGAAAGACAAUGUGGAAGGUGGAAUUUGGAGCAAGAUUUUCAAUCACAAAACUGUUGUUGGAAGUAAAAAAGUAAAUGGGAAAAUCCAAAGUACCUACGACCAAGACCACACAGUGCCAGCCUAUGUCCCAAGGAAGCUAAUCCCAAUAACAAUCAUCAAGCAAGUGAUCCAGAAUGUUACUCAGAAGGCUUCAGCUAAGUCCCCAGAAACUCCCAUGGGAGGAGUGAUACUAGUCCACCUAAUUAUUCCAGGUCUUAAUGAAACUACUGUAAAACUUCCUGCAUCCCUAAUGUUUGAGAUUUCAGAUGCACUCAAGACACAAGUAGCUAAGAAUGAAACCUUGGCAUUACCUGCCGAAUCUAAAACACCAGAGGUUGAAAAAAUCCCAGCUCGGCCCACAGCAGUGACUCCCGAAACAGUGCCAAGAAGCGCUAAACCCACUGUGCCUGGUGCAUUCGAUGUUUCAGAAACAACACUGGUUCUCAGCAAAAGGACCCCGGAAACAUUGCAAACUAUUCGAAUACCUCAGUUUGAAUUGCCACUGAGCACUCUAGUUCCAAAAAGGCUUCCAGAAUUUCCUGAGGCAAAAACACCCUUCCCUUUUGAGAAACCUGGGGGCACCUUGGCUUCAAGUGAAAAGCCAUGGAUUGUGCCUACAGCUAAAACGUCUGACGAUUCCAAAGUUCUGCAGCCUCAAACUGCAACUUAUGACGUUUCCUCAAGCCCUAUGACGUCAGAAGAGCCUGGGAUUUCAGAGUCCUACACAGCAACAAGUGACCGUAUUCUGGAUUCUGUCCCACCUAAAACUUCUAGAACUCUUGAACAGCCAAGGGCAACACUGGCUCCAAGUGAAACACCGUUUGUUCCUCAAAAUCUGGAAAUCUUUACCAGUCCUGAAACGCAGCCUACAACACCUGCUCCCCAGCAAACUACAUCUAUUCCUUCUACACCAAAACGGCGCCCCAGGCCCAAACCGCCAAGAACCAAACCUGAAAGGACCACGAGUGCUGGAACAAUCACACCUAAAAUUUCUAAAAGCCCUGAAUCUACAUGGACAACACCGGCUCCCAGUAAAACACAGUCUAUUUCUUUGAAACCUAAAAUCCCUCUCAGCCCAGAAGUGACACACACCAAACCUGCCCCAGAACCCCAGACUCCACUGCCGUCAGAGUCAACAAUAGGACCUGAAACACUGGGUACGAAACCUUCAACAACAACAUUAGCACCACGAAAGACCAAAAGACCAGGUCGUCGUCCUCGCCCACGUCCCCGCCCUAAAACCACACCUAGUCCAGAUGUGCCCACGUUCAAACCCGCUCUGGAACCUGUCACGAUACCGCCGGAACCCUUGGUGCCCACAAUUGCCUCAAAACCAUCCGAGAGUCCUAAAACCACACACAGACCAGAUGCACCUCAAAUUCAGCCUGGUUCAAAACCACCAAAACAAUUACUUCCUAAACCCCAGACCACAGCAGAACCAGACAUGCCACCAACUAAAUCCGUCUCUGGGCCUGUUCCAUUUGAAACUGAAGCUCCCUCGAUGACCAUAGUUCCCACCACAGACAUUGAGCCUGUAACUCUGAGAACUGAGGCUCCAGUGACGACAUUAGCUCCAAAAACACCACCACGAGCAAGAACACGUCGUCCACGUCCCAAACAUAAAACCACACCACGCCCAGAGACACCGCAGACCAAACUAGACUUUGGACCUAUUACUCCAGGGACUUCUUCAGCUCCAACAACAAAAAGAGCCCGUCGUCCACAUCCCAAACCUAAAACCACGCCCCGUCCAGAUGUACCUCAGACUAAACUGGUUCCUGCCACAAUCCUCGAACCAGUUCUUAGAACUGAGGCUCCAGGCACAACAGUAGCUCCCAAAGCGCCUCCACGAACUCACCCUCCACAUCCCAAACCUAAAACCACACCGAGUCCCGAGGAGCUUCAGACAGAUCUGGUUCCAGCUACAAUCUUUGAACCAGUUUCUCCUAUAAAAGAGGCUCCAGGGACAACAUUCGUUCCUGUGACAGACCUCGAGCCUGUUACUUUUAGAACCGAGACCCCCGCAACAACCGUAGCUACCAAAACAUCAAAAAGAACCCGCCCUCCACGUCCCAGAGUUAAAACUACACGGAGCCCUCAGGCACCUGAGACCAAACCCGUUCCUGCCACUGUCCUAGAACCUGUCACUCUUAGACCUGAGGCCCCAACAACAUUAGCUUCCAAAACAUCACAACGGACACGUCGUCCACGUCUCAGAACAAAAACCACACCACGUCCUGAAGCACCUGAAUCCAAACCAGUUCCUACUGCAGACCUCAAACCUGAGACACUCAGAACUGAGACCUGGGUGACAACACAAGCUCCUAAAACAUCACAACGAACUCGUCGUCCACGUCCCAAACCUAAAACUACACCAAGUCUGGAGGUUCCUCAAACCAAACCGGUUCCUGUUUCAGAUCUCGAACCUGUUACUCUCAGAACUGAAGCUCCAAAAACCAUGGUUGUUACUACAGGCCUUGAACCUGACACUUUUAGAACCAAGGUUCCAGAAACAACGUUAGCUCCUAAAGCACCGCGGACACGUCGUCCACGUCCCAGACCUAAAACGACACCUGAAGUGCCUCAGACCAAAUCGGUUUCUGUUACAGGCUUUGAACCUGUUGUUCUUAGUUCUGAUGCUCCAGGAACAACAUUUGCUCCCACUGAACUGCAAACUCUUAUUUUGAAACCAGUGACAUCGCCAAGCCUAGAAAUGACACAAAGUCCACCGGUUUCUGAUGUUCUGGAAUCGGUUACAUUUAGCACUGAGUCACCAAAGGAGACUAUAGCACCAGCCAAAACAGACUAUGUAUAUCCCACUGCCAAAUCACCACUCUGGCCAGAGGAGUCAAAGACUGAAGUUGUGGAAUCUAUUACACAUGUGUCUGAACCACCUGAGACCACACUAGAAACGUCUCCUCUGCCUUCUCAAUCUAUAAUCCUACCCAGCCCAGAUGAGCCUCAGACUGAACCCGCUCCCAAGCAGACACCGCGUGCUCCUCCUAAGCCAAAAACAUCACCACGCCCAAGAAUCCCACAAACACAACCAGCUCCAAAAGAUGUGCUCCUUCCUCAGAAACCAGAUCCUGAGGUCUCUCAGAGCGAACCUGUUCUGCAACCUGUUACCUUUAGAUUUGAGCCACCAAAGACAGCAAUAGCUCCUCUAGAGACACGAGGCAUCCCUUUUAUACCCAUGAUUUCCCCGAGUCCUAGUCAAGAGGAACUACAGACCACUCUGGAAGAAACAGACCAAUCCACCCAAGAACCCUUAACAACUAAGAUUCCACGAACAACAGAACUGGCAAAGACAACUCAGGCACCACACAGAUUUUAUACUACUCCUGUGAGGCCCAGAAUAUCUGACAAGCCACACACCAGACCUGUUCUGAAUAGGACAACUGCAAGACCCAUGAGACCCAAACCUAGUGGGAUGCCCAGUGGGAACGGAGUGGGAACAGGGAUGAGGCCAGCACCCAAGCCAUCAGGUGCUGUUAGAAACGUGUCAGUGGACUCUCCCCACCCCACUAAGAAGCCAGGGACUCGCCGCCCACCCUUACCACCCAGACCUACUCCCCCACGAAGAAAACCUUUACCACCAAAUAAUGUCACUGGAAAGCCGGGAAGUUCAGGAAUCACUUCAUCAGGCCCAAUAACUAUACCACCCCUGAGGUCGACAGUCAGACCUACCGGAACUCCCUGGGACAGAACAGCCACAGAUAUAAAGCAACCAACGGUCCCUGCCUCUGAAGAAGAACUGGAAAAUAUAACUGACUUUAGCUCAAGCCCGACAAGAGAAACUGAUCCUCUUGGGAAGCCCAGAUUCAAAGGUCCUCAUGUGCGAUACAUCCAAAAGCCUGACAGCAGUCCCUGCUCCAUUACUGACUCCGUCAAACGGUUCCCCAAAGAGGAGGCCACAGAGGGGAAUGCCACCAGCCCACCCCAGAACCCACCCACCAACCUCACUGUGGUCACCGUGGAAGGAUGCCCCUCGUUUGUCAUCUUGGACUGGGAAAAGCCACUGAAUGACACUGUCACUGAAUACGAAGUUAUAUCCAGAGAAAAUGGGUCGUUCAGUGGGAAGAACAAGUCCAUUCAAAUUACAAAUCAGACCUUCUCCACAGUAGAAAAUCUGAAACCAAACACAAGUUAUGAAUUCCAGGUGAAACCCAAAAACCCACUUGGCGAAGGCCCGGUCAGCAACACAGUGGCAUUCAGUACUGAAUCAGCGGACCCAAGAGUGAGUGAGCCAGUUUCUGCAGGAAGAGAUGCCAUCUGGACUGAAAGACCGUUUACUUCAGACUCUUACUCAGAGUGUAAGGGCAAACAGUACGUCAAAAGGACAUGGUAUAAAAAAUUCGUAGGAGUGCAGCUGUGCAACUCGCUCAGAUACAAGAUUUACUUGAGUGACUCCCUCACAGGAAAAUUUUAUAACAUAGGUGAUCAGAGGGGCCAUGGAGAAGAUCACUGCCAGUUUGUGGAUUCCUUUUUAGAUGGACGCACUGGGCAGCAACUCACCUCUGACCAGUUACCAAUCAAAGAAGGCUAUUUCAGAGCAGUUCGCCAGGAACCCGUCCAAUUUGGAGAAAUAGGUGGUCAUACCCAAAUCAAUUAUGUUCAGUGGUAUGAAUGUGGGACUACAAUUCCUGGAAAAUGGUAGAUGCUGCACAAAGUUACCUUCUGUUUCAUCACGGCAAACACAAUCAUUGAAAACACCAUGUCACAUUCAUUUAAAGCUAUUUUGUUUACUAUGUAUAAAAUUCUACAAUCUAAUAGCAAUACUAGAUGUUUAUUAUUAGAAAAGAUUGCUAAGAGUAUUUAUCAGGUUUUACAAAGUCAUUUUAAGAAAGCAAGAUAUUGAUGUUAACAGAUUAACAUUUUUGGGGAAGCUGGCUCCCUAUACAUGGUAUUUUAAGAGAUCGUUUGUAUAUUAUUUAUCACACUGUUGUAAUGAUGUUUUGAGAUACUUUUAUAACAAAAUUAACAUCAAAAAAGUUGCAUACUUUUUAAAAAAAAUACUUUUAUUGAUGUGUAUGCUUCCUAUUGAUGAAUUAAUUCCAUAAAUCUCUAGUUUAACUUAUUGGAUCAAAUUAUCUUCAGCAUAUGUAUCUGGGGAAAAAAGGUCCGAAUAUUCACAUUUAUAUUUAAACUUCAAUUUUUUAAGCAAUAGCUGAAUAGCUUUUCAGAGGAGUUUAAAUAGUUACACAUUCAUGCUAAUAUGUAUUUCCUUUAAACAUCGGCAAAUCAUUGAAAAGAUUGAAUCAGUAAAUUUCAUUACAGCUAAAAAUGGAGUCUAAUACGUUGUUUCAAAAGAUACACUUUUACCCAUCAUAAGAGUUACAGUAUCUGAGUAUGCUUUGUCAGACUAUCCCUUUACCCAAUUGUCUGCACAUGGUUUUUAUGAUUCUAAUGAAGGUGUAUGUACAGACUGAAUGUGAAGUCUGAGCACGAAAAGGUGAUGCAUGAUGAGUUCUCCAGCCACUUUACAGGAUAUUUACUAUGCAUUUAUAUGUAAGACCUCUAUAAAUGACUGUAUCGGAGAAUGUAUUUCUAACUGUUUAAUUCAAUCUGUAAGGAAAAGAUGACUCAUUUCUAUGAAAAAGGUAUUUCCUUCAGGCGGGGACCGAGAACCCGCGCUGCGCGGUCGCCGUCAUUCUGAAAGGACCUUUCCCUGUGCUUACCUUGCGACAUGCUUCCAUCUUCUCAAUGCUACAUUUUGUAUUUUUCAAACAAGUAUAAAUUCUGCAAUAAAGAGAUGUAGUUUUUUUUAAGAUGAGUUUUUAUUUUUAUUUCUGAAUGGUUCAUCAGUGUGUUAACUAUACCUUUUAUCUCAGAAGGAAAAUCACAAAGUUAUCCAGGCUCUACCAAACCCCCAUUAUAUCUAUUGUUUAUGUCCUUAGUUAACCUUUCAUCAUAUCAAAUAAUAAUAAAGUUUAUUUUAAACCAA